GAGAAGAGCGUACACAAACACUGCAUUCGUCUUGGUACAGCUGAGAUUUUUUCGACAAUGCAGUUGAUGACAUCCUCAGAAACGACUGGUGAAGAACAAGAGAUUUGAACGACAACAAGCGUCAAACAACGAUAGGUAGCCUCUGGAACAAAGAGCUGAGAGCUGCUCUAGGCUGGAUUGAGAGAGGAGAAAGAGGGACGGACAGACGUUGAAUAAGGCAGAUCUGCAUGGUUCUGUUUUUUUGUUUCUCUCAGACACUCUCUCUCUCGCAUCCCAUCUGGCAGUGUUGUGUCAGCCAAGCCUGUUUCAUAAGCACAGUCAGGCAAAUGUUUUUCUGCUCAGUUCGUCUUUUUUUCACCACAAAGAUGCAUUUAGGAGGUGACGAUCGAUAAAUCAUUUGCUUUAGGACCGAGGAAUUAGUGUUUCGUCAACCUCUACUCCUUGACAGAAAACCUUGGAGGUCCUCAUCUUCAUUUGUUUAUCUAUUUUUAUAUCAUCAUACCUACAGAAGUGACACAGCUGACAGAUCCAGCUUUACCAACAAGAGCACAAUUACAGAGACAACAGCCAUGGCUUUAAUUUAUCGUUAAAAUCUGAAGAAAACCAUUCAUGUCAAAAUGAGUCUUUUUUGCGAGCCAGGCACCUAGUCAAGACUUUAAGCACUUGCUUCUUGAGGACAACAGAGACUGAGUAGAAGAGAUCACCAAGGCAGCCAGUCCAUCCAUUAGUAUUAUGAGUGAUGAUAACUCAGACUCUGCCCCCAGCAAUCAAACUAGGGGGAGAGUGGGAGGGGUCGAAGAGGAAGAGACAGGCCCAGGGACUCGUUCUCCUGAAAUGAGCUGUAGCUCCUCCGUGUUGAUUCCGACCAGUGGUGCGACAGUGUCAUCCCCAGAGGCAGUCUCUGGACCCAGGAGGUCCUCAGGGGGAAAUCAGGCACCCAACUCGGAUGACACAGAUGCCCUGUCAAGUGGGAAUGACUCUGGAGAGAGAGAGAGCGAGGGAGGGAUGGAGAGAGAGAAUGGAUCCAGAGGGCGACAGUCCUCAAGGAGUUUUCAGAGCUCCUCCAGUCACAAUGGGAAAGACUCAGGCAUGUUGCUGGAGACAACGGAGAGCACCAAAAGCUCCAAUUCUCAGAGUCUGUCCCCUCCCAGCAGUUCUCUGGCCUACAGUCUGCUGAGUGCCAGUUCAGAGCAGGACCCUCCGUCCACCAGCGGCUGCAGCAGUGAUCAGUCUGCGCGUGUGCAGACGCAGAAGGAGCUGAUGAGGGCCCUGAGAGAGCUGAAGAUCCGCCUGCCCCCCGAACGCAAAACCAAAGGCCGCUCCAGCACACUCAGUGCACUCAAAUACGCCCUCAGCUGUGUCAAACAAGUCAGAGCCAAUCAGGAGUAUUAUCACCAGUGGAGUGUGGAGGAGUGUCACGGCUGUAGUCUGGACCUGUCUGCAUUCACCAUCGAAGAACUGGACAACAUCACCUCGGAGUACACCCUCAAAAACACAGACACCUUUUCCAUGGCGGUAUCAUUUUUGUCGGGGAAGGUGGUGUAUAUUUCCCCUCAGGGUUCAUCUCUGUUGCGCUGUAAGCCAGAGAGACUCCAGGGGGCGCUAUUCUCUGAGCUGCUGGCCCCACAGGACGUCAGCACCUUCUACAGCAGCACUGCCCCCUGCCGCUUGCCACCCUGGGCCUCCUGUAUCGGCUCCACCUCUCCUCCUGUGGACUGUACACAGGAGAAGUCAAUGUUCUGUCGGAUCAGUGGAGACAGGGUGUCAGGAGAGGAAAUGAAGUAUUACCCGUUCAGACUGACUCCGUACCAGCUCACCCUCAGAGACUCAGACACAGCUGACCCACAGCCCUGCUGUCUUCUUAUCGCCGAGAGAGUCCACUCUGGAUACGAGGCUCCUCGUAUACCUCUUGAUAAAAGGAUUUUUACCACCAGUCACACUCCCAACUGUCUCUUCCAGGAAGUGGAUGAGAGGGCGGUGCCGUUGUUGGGAUAUUUACCUCAGGACCUGGUGGGUACUCCUGUCCUGCUUUAUGUCCACCCAGAUGACAGGCCACUCAUGGUGGCUAUCCAUAAAAAGAUCCUGCAGUUUGCAGGGCAGCCAUUUGAUCACUCGCCGUUGCGGAUGUGUGCUCGUAGCGGUGAAUAUCUGACCAUCGACACCUCCUGGUCAUCCUUCGUCAACCCGUGGAGCAGGAAGGUGGCUUUUAUCGUGGGACGGCAUAAAGUUCGAACGAGCCCGUUGAAUGAAGACGUGUUUACGCCAUUACGUGGGACCGAGGGCCAGGUCAUCACCCCAGAAAUUGCCCAGCUCAGUGAGCAGAUCCACAGACUGCUGGUCCAGCCAGUCCACAGCGGCAGCUCCCAGGGCUACAGCAGUCUCACCAGCAACGGAUCCCAUGAACAACAGCUCAGCGCUGCCUCCUCCUCCGACAGCAAUGGCCCUGCCCUGGAGGACCCCGCCCAGGUCCACAAACCGAUGACUUUCCAGCAGAUCUGCAAAGAUGUUCACAUGGUGAAAACCAGCGGCCAGCAAGUCUUCAUUGAAUCUCGCAACCGGCCUCCGCCUAGGAAACAAACAGCUACAGGGGCAGAUGGGCCAAUCAGAUGUCUCAUGCCAGAUGUGGCCCCACCCCCAAAGAGUACUGUUCCCUCUGAGCAACUGAGGAAAGAUCCACCCACCACAUACUCAUACCAGCAAAUCAACUGCCUCGAUAGUAUCAUCAGGUAUCUGGAGAGCUGUAACGUGCCCUGCACUGUGAAGAGGAAGUGUGAGUCAUCCUCCUGUACCGCCUCGUCCACCUCUGAUGAUGACAAACAACAGGACGCCCCUGGCACCUCCAAAGGUCCGGCAGUGUCUCUGGUCAGUGACUCUGCUCCACUCCCUCCUCUGGCCUUACAUAGUAAACCUGAGAGUGUAGCUUCAGCCACCUCUCUCUGCAGUUUCAGCAGUACCAUCGUUCAUGUUGGAGACAAAAAGCCCCCUGAGUCAGACAUUGUCAUGGAGGAGGCUCCAUCGACUCCCACUCCAGCUCCUCCACCUGUCCCUCAAACCCCAGCCCCACCCACAAUCACCCCCAUCCCAUCAUCACUGCCACUUGUAGCUCCACCCAGUCCAGCCCCUCCCACUGAGAGGGAUGGAGGGAGGAGGGGAGGAGCAGGAGCAGCAGGAAGUACAGCAGGAAGGCUUGGUCUGACAAAGGAGGUGCUAUCAGCACACACCCAGCAGGAGGAGCAGAACUUCCUAUGUCGUUUCCGGGACCUCAGCCAGCUCAGAGUGUUUGACCCCUCCUCCGCACUCAGACGUCAUGUGUCCACACCUCUCGCCAAAGGGGUUCGUUGUUCACGGGACUACCCUGCUGCGGGCAGCAGUGGUCGUCGGCGAGGGAGAGGAGGCAAACGACUGAAGCACCAGGAGGCGUCGGAGCAGGGAAGCUCUCUGCGCAUCAGGGCCCCAGGCAGGGACCAAAGGGGGUCAUCAGUGGUUCCUGAGGGCCCCCCCAACUCCUCUUUCCUCCUGGGAACUCCCACCACCUCCUCCUCCUGGCCCACCUCCGUGGGCUCUCAAAUCAGCGUCCCCUCAGUCCCCUAUCACCCUGGGGUCUUAUCCCUGUACCCCUUCUGCCCUCCUCUCUCCCACCCUGUCACAGAUACCUCAAUGCAGACAGGACUGCGCUUCCCUCUCCAGAAUCCCCAAAUGUCUCCCAUGGUUCCACCUGUGAUGGCUCUGGUCCUCCCAAAUUACAUGUUUCCUCAGCUAAACCCCUCUGUAACACAAAUGGGCACAAACACAGCAGCACCCCAAAGCUUCUACAACCCGAAUUCACCCUUACCCUUCCCUCCAGCCAACACUGGGCCAACAGAACAAAGCCCCUCCGCCAUGCCACGUGCCCCCUCCCGCUCCAGCACUCCGCAGUCCUGCAGUCAGAGAGAGGGUGUGGCUGAAAGGGAGGGGGCGGAGUCACCCCUUUUUCAAUCCAGGUGCUCUUCGCCCUUGAAUCUGCUUCAGUUAGAGGAGUCUCCUAGCAACCAGCUGGUCACUGCCUCGCAACAGGUCACACCACCCGUGGUUGGACAAGGGGGCGGGAGUGGAGGGCAGGGCUCAACCAAUCAGAGAAGCACAGCGGGGGAUUCAAAAGAGAAUGAAACUGGUGAAGCCAACGAGUCCAACCAGGAUGCCAUGUCCACAUCCAGUGACCUGCUGGACCUCCUGCUGCAAGAGGACUCGCGCUCGGGUACCGGCUCGGCUGCGUCUGGAUCUGGGUCCUCAGGGACGGGCUCCUCUGGUUCUGGACUGGGUUCUUCAGGUUCAGGAUCCAACGGCUGCAGCUCAUCGGGCAGUGGAACACGCAGCAGCCAGAGCAGUCACACCAGUAAGUACUUUGGCAGCAUCGACUCUUCAGAGAAUGAUCAUUCCCGUAAGCAGCCAGCAGGGGGAGAUGGAGAGGUGCAGUUCAUUAAGUGUGUGUUACAGGACCCCAUCUGGCUCCUCAUGGCAAACACUGACGAUAAAGUUAUGAUGACGUACCAGCUACCCCUCAGGGACAGAGAGACUGUUCUGAGGGAGGAUCGUAUGGCGCUGCGGCUCAUGCAGAAGCAGCAGCCUCGUUUUACCGAGGAGCAGAAGAGAGAGCUGAGUCAGGUUCACCCCUGGAUACGCACCGGACGCAUGCCUCCAGCUAUCAACAUAUCUGCAUGUGUGGGCUGUAAAUCAUCUCCCUCUGUGCCUCCUGCCACUCCCUUCGAUGUUGAGCUCCAUGAAAUGGAGCUGUGCGGUGUACUGGAGGUGACAGAGGAGGGUGCUAUCCCCGAAAAACAAAGCCAGCUUGACACAGCCAUGGAGGAGGAGGAGGAGGAGGAGGCCGUGGGAGGGGGAAAUGGGGAAGGAGAGGAGGAGCAACAGGGAGGUGAAGAAAGGCACGAAGCAAACAAGGGUGAAGAGAGCAUCUCAGACACGGCCCAGGUUACUGACCAGGAAAUGACCACGGCCGAACAGGAAGUUCCGUAGCGGCCAGAUCAAAGGAGAAAAGUGAAAAGUACUCCCGCCUGUAGACGUGAUUUGAAAAAAAAUCUCUUGGUUUUCACAGCCAGUAACGCAAUCAGUCCUAACUGACUGGAGACAUCUAUGAAAACACCGGAGUCAUUGUGACCAACUGGACCCAAUUUCUACUGACACACAUCUGGUAGUUUGGUCAUUUGAAGCUCCUUUAAAACAAAACUCUUCAAAUAGCCAGUGUUGGCCGCUGACUCUUGGUGUGUCGGACAGUGAACCACUGUCAGUGAAUCACUACACAUAAUGAUAUCAGCAGUUAGAGUCAACCAGAGAACACGAGGCCCAGGCCAUGGGUCAUUGCUUUAUACACUAUUGAAGUGUAACUCUGAGUAUUUCUGUGUAGGAUAAUGCUAGUCUGCCUUUGUCUGUCUCAAAGACAUACAGUAAAACUCAUUCAGACCUUUGGUCAUUUAAAUGCUGAAAAUAACAAAGCCAGUCACCCCCACACACACCCCUUUACUAAGGUCAUUUUUUUUUUUUCAAAAACCAGAUUAACUUGUGUUUGGCAGGUUUGCUUUGGUGAGGAAAACGAAGAGACAGAGAGGAGGAAGCAGAAGAACUCCUUAAAUUUGAUAUCUUCUUUUCCUCAUAGUUUUGUCUUUUUCCAGAAGCUUUGGAAAUUGUUAUUUUUGCAUCGAGGUGUAGGAACCGUAACUACAGUCAAAUUUUUUGACCAAAUUUACAGGAACAGAUUUACUUUGUUUGAGCAGUAUGUAUAUUUUUUUAUACAAUAUUGGUGUGAAAUUCUGUUGGAGGAAGAAAAAAACAUGUAUGUAUUGUGAUGUAUUUUAAAUCUGGAAAUAGAUUGUGUAAGAAAAAAAAAAGAGUUGUUUUUGGUGUUCUAUGGUGACUGGUUCAGUUUCCAUGGCAACAGGAAAGGACCCAAAGACUAUGUUGCACAGGAUUAAAACGUUGUGAAAGAGGUUGAGAUUGGCCUGGCCGCUAAUUUAGUGAUCUGAUUAGGAUGUUCCUGUGUGUAACACUCUGGUGUCAGAGUUUGCCUUUUUUUAAACCGUGGGUAACAGGAGGAAGUGAAAGAUGAAACAUUAAAUGAGGCGAUUGAAACAGAGACAAAAAAAACAGUAAUAUAGCAGAAAAUGCUUAGCAGAGAGAUGGAUGGUGUUUCUGUCUUUUUCUCAGUCUCUCUCUCUCUCUCUACUUGUUUAUUUCUGUCACUUGAACUUGGUGAUGUGAUUGGUCUGUUCAGUGAUCAGAAACAGUUUGAAUGUAUUUUUGUGAAUUACUUU